AUGGCGGCGGUGAAGCAAGGUGGAAUUGGUGUUGGGCUUGGGAUCACUACAGGCGCAGGACCUGCCACGAGCACGAGCACGAACACCGGCACAAGCACAAGCACGAGCACGGCUACAGGAGUGAGCAAAGAGCGCGAGAUCCAGGUUCUUCAAGACCUCGAUCGGGCGGUGUCAAAGACUAUGGAGGUUGUACUUGCGAGCUCUGGUUCUGGGUCUGGGAGCGGGUUGGGCACCGGGUCGGGGAGUUGGACGAAAGGCGAGGAGCGGAUGAGUUUUGAGAGGACAGCGGGUGUUGGAGGACAUUUGAUGGUGCGCCAUGGGCUGCUUUCGCCGCACCCCAAGCUGCUACCAGGUGCGUCGCGCGAGACGACGCCAAUGGCGCCUGAUGGGCGGCCGGGGAGUAUCAUGAGCGUCACAUCCAACGGUUUGAAACCCGUCUUCGGUGCAGCAUGA